CAUAGUCGUAAAAAAUCCGGGAAAAAAAUUUCCCCGUUCCAGGUUCUAUGUUGUUCGCUGAUUACUCAACAUGGCGGCUCCUCCAGAAUCUGCACAAGUUCCAAGAAACUUUAAGCUGUUAGAUGAACUUGAACAAGGCCAGAAGGGAAUAGGAGAUGGCAGUAUAAGCUGGGGUCUAGAUAAUGAUGAUGAUAUGAGUCUAACAUACUGGAAUGGAAUGAUCUUAGGUCCACCAAGGACACCUUUUGAAAGUAGGAUUUAUUCCUUAAAGAUAGAAUGUGGGCCUCAGUAUCCAGAUCGCCCUCCUUCCGUCAGGUUUGCCACUAGGAUUAAAAUGACAUGUGUUAACGAAUCUACCGGAGUAAUUGAUACAAAAAAACUAGAUAGUAUGAGAAAUUGGAAUAGGAACAUGUCAAUAAAGAAUGUACUACAGGAUAUCCGCCGCCAAAUGACACUGAAGGAGAACAGUAAACUGUCUCAGCCCCCCGAAGGAAGUUCAUUUUGAUUGGACGAUUCUUUAAAAACAAACAAAGUGCUAGUAUUUUUUUGAACAAUUUCACUGGAACAUCACAGGGGAAGAUUGGUUGGAGAACCUUUCUUGUUUAAUGAUACACUAGAAAAUUUACUAUUCUAGGCUGUUAAUAUGAAAUCUGAAGGGUAAAUAUUCUAAUGAUCAUGUUUAAGUGUGGUACGUUGUGCAUUAAGUUUUGAUCUAGCGUACCAGAAUACCUUAAUCGCUUUAUAUGUAGGCAUUUUUGCAUUAACAGUGCUGACUAUUUCAAGUUUUCAAUAUUGAUAUAAGGAAAUAUUAACUAGUAGUGCUUAAGAAAUUUCUUUUUAUAUGUUUUGCAUCCAUGUAAAUUUGUAAUACUAUUAGCCCUUCAAAGGGAAGGGGAAUUUGAUGUGAAAAUAGUUUUCGAAUGUUACAAGAAUCUUUUCUUUGCAAGCUGCAUUGUAUACCAAGUCAUAUUUAGAAAAUAUUAAUGAUAAGUUCGACUUGUACAUAUAUAAUUCAGGGGGUCGACGAAAUAUUGUAAUGUGGCAUUCUUAUCAGAAGAACAGAUUUAGCAGUAUUCACAUUACAAUACAUAUUUAACGUGAUGUGUUAAAAGGAAUGAAAUUAUUGGAGGGCAAGGGCAUAGCAAUAUACUCUAUUGCAUUUUCUUUUUAAAGUUAUGCAAGUAAUAAAUUAUUUUGUAAUUAAUUUCGGACAAUCACAAUAACAAUUUGAAUUUUGCACAAAUGAUUCUUAAAGAUUUAUUUUUAGAAAAAACAUAACCAAGGCAUCAAGCCCAGAAUAUCUUAUUAAUGCCAUAUUUAUUUCUUGAAUAGUUAAAAAAUACAAUAUUGAAAGACAAUUUGAAUAAAUUACUUUAAAAAAUAAGAAAACUUGACACUCUAAAAAAAUAUUUUUUAUGAAUGUUACCUCUAGUGUCUGUGUGAUUAAAGGUUCUCUCCCUUUUGUAAGCGGGUUACCAUUUCAUCAGUGGGUGUGGUGGUACCUGAUAACGAUGCUUUAGUUGUUAACCUUUCAUCAUUAGAUGAAUGCUGAUGAUUGACACAUGUAUUUGGUUCAUUUUGUCCUUACUCUUGAAGUAAAUAAACUUAUUCACAAAA